AUGGCUUCGAUCGAUGUGACAGAAAUUUUGAAGUCAUCGAAUGCUUCGGCGACUUAUCAACCAGCCAGGAAGAAAUCGAGAUUCGAUGCCGAGCCAUCUUCAUCGUCUUCAGCUCCUCCAGCAAAUGCGGAAGAUAUUCUUGCGGCUUUGGAAUCAGAUCAAGCGAAUUUCACUCCAUUAGAUGAUGUUCAAGUAAGAAAAUUGGUGGGGCAAUUGGAGAAAAGAUGUUGAAAAAUCGAGAAAUGCGCGUGAAAAAUCCAGAUGAUCCGAAAAAGUUUAUGGAUUCUGAAAUUGAGCUGGAUACAGCGAUUCAGGAGAUGCACACUUUGGCAACUCAACCCGAUUUAUAUGGAGUUUUUGUUUCGGCGAAUGGUGUCGAGAUUCUUCUUCAAUUAUUAGGACACGAGAAUUCGGAUAUUAUUUGUGCAACUUUGAAUCUUUUGCAAGAAUUGACCGAUGUUGAUAUUCUGAAUGAAGGAGAUGAAGGAGCUGUUGAACUUGUUGAAAGUUUAUCAAAUGGUUCAAUUAUCACAACUUUGUUGUCAUGUUUUGAACGAUUGGAUGAAAAAGAAAAAGAUGAAAGUGAUGGAAUUCAUAACGGAUUGAGUGUUGUUGAAAAUGUAGGUUCAGGGAGAUAUCUAGAUCUCGAUAGGGAAUAUAUAUAUGUAUAUAUGUUUAUUUUAAAAAAUGUUUUAGAUGAUCGAAUUUCGCGACGAGACCACUGAAGAGUGUGUAAAACAAGGAUUCAUAGUUUGGCUUUUGAAGCGAUGUUUCCAAAAAUCCCCAUUCGACGCCAAUAAAAUGUACGCAUCCGAACUCUUGUCAAUGAUCCUUCAAUCUUCCGAUUCAGCAAAAUCAAAACUGACUGAAAAAGUCGAUGGAAUCGAUAUUCUUCUUCGAGCCAUCGCAGUUUACAAGAAAAGCGAUCCAACAAGCGUUGACGAGCGGGAAUACAUGGAAAAUCUGUUCAACGCACUUUGCGCAGCACUUAUGUGGCCAGAAAACAGGAAAAAAUUCCUGGAUGGUGAAGGUUUGCAAUUGAUGAAUUUGAUGCUUCGAGAAAAGAAACAAUCACGUCAAAGUGCUUUGAAAGUAUUGGAUCAUGCAACUUCAGGAGUUGAAGGAAUCGAGAAUUGCAAUAAACUUGUCGAAAUGCUCGGAUUACGAACUAUUUUCCCGCUUUUCAUGAGAACACCCUCCAAAGUUAAGAGAAAGGAUACAACACCAGAUGAGCAUGAAGAACACGUAUGCACUGUAAGUUUUCUAGCUUUUUUUUUAAUACUAAAAAUGAUAAUUUUUCUCUAGAUUCUCUCAUCUCUCCUCUCCUCCUGCAGCGAAAAUCAUCGCGAAAGAAUUGUGCAAAAAUUCGUUGAGCACGAACAUGAAAAAGUCGAUCGAGCUGUUGAAUUAUUCCUCAAAUAUAAGUAAGCAUUUUAUAUAUUUUUUUUUUUGAAACCCCCCUCCCCCAAAACCUAUUUUCUUCAGAGAAAAAAGUUCAACGUUUCGAGCUGAAAAAACGAAAAGAAGCUGGAAGUUCUGAAGAAGACGAUGAAGAUCGUGAAUAUUUGGAUAAACUUGACAAUGGAUUGUAUUCCCUUCAACGUCUUUCAUUAAUCCUAGCUGAUGUCACAGUUUGUGUCCCUUCAGCGAGACAAAGAGCUCAAAAAUUGUUUUCGAUGAAAAUGAGCAAUGAUAGAUUAGACACUAUUCUAUCGCCGGUCAGUGAUUUUUUUUUUUGGAAAAGAAAUCCUUUUUUUUUUUGCAGAUCCUCGAAGAAUAUUAUGAAAAUUUGGGAUUGGAUGCACUUGAUGAGCGAAAACGUGUAAUUUCUUUAAUUGAAUCGAUCAGCUCGUUUUAUUGA